GUAAAUUGUCAUUUUAAUUCUAACAUGAACAAUGUCAUCAUCACUAAUUAUAUUGAAUCAUCAUCAUUAUCAAAACUCGCUCCACCAAAAGCAACCGCUCGAUUUAGCACCCGACAUGAUAAAAAAUCACAGCUAUCCGACCGUCAUGCACGGAUCCUUGCAUAUGCUCAGCAGCUCAGACAUGGCAAUGCCAAUCGAUCACCCGAAAGGAACAUAAAAUCAAGACCCAGACUACAUAAGGUGAGAUUCAAGGCAUUUCUCAAAGAGGCUUCUUGUGUUGGGAGAUUCAAGCAGCGGCGGACACAGGAAUUCCCAGCAGAGGAGUGACAGUGUAAAAAAUCAAUACAAAUACAUAUUUAUUAAAAUAUUGGGGUAAAAAUAACUAGAAGGAAAAAAAUAGAGGGGCGGGAUCGUCCAUUCGCCCCCCUUUGAGUCCGUCGCAAGAUUCAAGUGAUAAACAAAGAUCAGGCAUCUUAGAUCAUUUUCAAUGGAUUGUAGUUUAGCUAUAGCACGGAA